AUGGACGAGAUGGAGGCGUUGUGCGGCCGCAUCGCCAUAAUGAGCGGGGGCGAGGUGUGCGCGCUGGGCUCCCCCGCCGCCCUGCGCGCCGCGCACGCCGCCGGCCACGCCGUGCGCAUCAAGCUGGCCGCGCGCCGCGCCACCGCACCCGGCGACCACGACGAAACGGAUUCGCCAAAUUCACAAUUAAAAUCGCUCAAAGGGAAGCUUCAUCAGAAGUUCGACUGUACCCUGAAAGAUGAGCACAAGACAAUGCUCCACUAUCACAUCAACGAGACUAUGCAAUACAGCGAGUUGUUCCGCGAGCUGGAGGCUCUGAGGGUGGCGUACCCUCUAGUCGAGGAUUACUCCGUCACCGAGACAACGCUCGAGGAAGUGUUCCUCUCUUUCGCUCGCACGCAACCCUCUCAACUUUCAAGGCCAGUGUAA